AUGUUGCCUGUUCCCAGGGAUUGGUCAGAAAGGGGCUUACUACGUGUACGCAGACGCGACACGCCAGUCGUAGGUCAGUUCCGCAUGGCGGAUAGACGGUGGAUUUAUUGCUUUUGUCGCGGAAAUCCCCACAGCACAAAGGCUUGGAAAAAUUGCGCGAUGACGCGACACGAUCCAAAGGAACUCUGACCGCCUUUUCUUUCUUCACGGAUGAUGCAUUGGUUCGCCGAGAAAUUAGCGGACGUCGCAACUUCUUCCCCUGUUGAUUUAUCGUCGCAAUCCCGCGCAACGGAAUCCGCAAGCACGGAAUGGAUCAGAUUACAGAAUGAAGAAUUAAUACAAUUGCACACAGAAUUUCAUGUUCCAUCGUGAAGAAUCAAGGUGGUCGAAAUUGAGACUCGAAUAUGUAUCUGUGGCGGACGCCGGAACCAGCAUCCUUUCCAUCCUUGACAUCACGACGCAGGGGAACAAUUCCAUCGAUUGCGCAAACACGCGAUCCAUCAGAAUUCAUCGGCAUCAGAAUACUCUCUAUUUCGCUCCCUCCCACCCACCACAACCCACCCCACCUCAGCCCUUGCUCUCGUUUGCUCGCUCGGUCUGCUAUAUGUUUCUGCUCGUCUGCUCGUGGAAGAUAGGAUCGAGGACAUUUCCGAGAUGUUCUCGAAAAUCACCAGAGUAUCCUGAGACCGAUGCUAAUGCCCUGAUGCGACAUCUGCAGCCUCGAGACGUCACGCAGAUAUGUCGAGUAUCUCCUGGACAUUACUGCAUAUAUACGGCGGCAGACAUUUCGCGGCCGGGGCAGGAACAGCAGGAACAAGUGGAAGCUCGAGUGUCGGACGGAGGAUAG